AUGCGAUCAAUUCAUGACCAUGAGUUUGCACAGUUUCUAAUAAGGAUUGAAGAUGGUAAUGAACCUGCUAAAGAGGAUGACAUGGUCAAGAUUCCUGCUAAAAUUGUAAUACCAUGGGAAGAUGAAAGCUCAAUAAAAAAGCUUAUACAACAUACAUUUCCCCAAUUAGAAAACCAUGGAUGGGAUGCUUCAUAUAUGGUGGAGAGAGCCAUACUUACUCCCCAAAAUUGUGAUGUACAUAUGUUGAAUGACAUGAUUAUUAAUAACUUCCCCGGAGAUGAACAUAUUUUGUUAUCUUUUGAUGAGGUUGAGGGUGAUACUCAUAAUCUAUAUCAACAGGAAUACUUACACACAAUUUCUCCUGGUACUUUACCACCACAUAUUUUAAAGAUAAAAAUAAGGAAUUUGCUUGAUGUUGAAAUACUUAUAGGCCACAACGCAGGAAAAAGAGCUUUCUUGCCAAGAAUUAAGCUCAAAACCACUGAUGGUGCGAGACUUCCUUUUGUGCUUAUUAGAAAACAGUUUCCUGUCAAACUAAGUUUUUCAAUCACUAUAAAUAAAUCACAAGGACAAACAAUUCCAAAUGUCGGAAUUUAUCUUCCACGACAUGUUUUCAAUCACCGACAAUUGUUAGUUGCUUUAUCAAGAGGUGUUUCGUGGGCUGCAACAAUAGUGCUAAUUAAAGACGGAAAAGUAGAGGGGGGAGAAGGGGAUUAUACCAAAAAUAUAGUUUUUAAAUAA